UUGCCCAUAUUGGCAUCUUCUGUUGUUAGCCUGUAUUUUCUUGAACUUACUGAUGUCUUCAAGCCUGUUCACUCUGGAUUUAAUUGCUAUGACAAGAGUCUGAGUAUGCCAUACAUUGAACCUGCACAAGAGUCUGUUCCCUUCUUGAUGUUGCUUAGUCUGGUUUUUGCUGGACCAUCAAUUACGAUAAUGAUAGGAGAAGGAAUUCUCUACUGCUGCCUGUCCAAAAGAAGAAAUGGGAUUGGAACAGAGGCCAAUAUUAAUGCAGGAGGAUGCAACUUCAAUUCUUUUCUGAGAAGAGCUGUCAGAUUUGUUGGUGUUCAUGUGUUUGGUCUUUGUUCUACUGCUCUUGUUACUGAUAUUAUACAGCUAUCAACAGGAUAUCAGGCACCGUAUUUCCUGACUGUUUGCAAGCCUAACUAUACAUCCUUAAAUGUAUCCUGCUCAGAGAAUUCAUAUGUUGUGGAAGAUAUUUGCUCAGGAGCUGAUCUCAAUGUUAUCAAUGCUGGAAG